AUGAGUACGAAGAUUGAGCUGCCGGAGGAGAAGUCGUCCACAACCACAUCAUCGGAAGUCACAGUCGAUCAGCUCACUGCUCAAUUCGACGCCCUCGUCCGCGUCGAUGACCUCGAUCUUCAGACUCUUACCAUCAAUGGUGUCGCCUACUACGCUUUAAAGAAAAAAGCCGGUCUCAAGAAUCCCUCAAAGAAGCCAAUUGCGCCGAAGAAAGAUGUCAAGAUUGAACCAAAGAAAGAAGCCCCUCCAAUCGGCGGGAGGAGAGGACCAGUCAAGAAAUCUGGACGCGCGAAGAAAACCGGGCCUUUCAUGCUGGCGGGGCCACCAGCUGCUGGAGGACUUCCCGGUAUGUCUACUUUCUCCUCACCCAAAUCAACCGGAAGCGACGAUCUGGCAUUCAUUCACGACGCUGCAAACACGAACAUUUCCUCUCCCCAAUCGAGCUCGUCUUUGAAUCCAACUUCGCCAAGUACCAGCGAGCUCAGCAACAUUCAUAACUUCGACUCCGUCACAUCUGCCAACGACUUCGACGCGUUUAUCGAGAAUCUCGAGCCUUCUUUAAGAAGAGAAGAUUUUGUGCCUUUUGAAGAGCCGCAAGGCGAUAUGAAACGCCACCGAGAUGUCUUCGUCGCUCAAAAUGCCAUCGCCAAUGGUUCGAACAUCGUGCUCCACGAGAUUCCCGACAGUCCAACUCAAGCAGCAAUCCUUCAAGAAUUGAACAACCCCGGUCCCUGCUGCAAGAAACGAAGAUUCGACAACCCCGACGAUGAGUUGAUCUCAACGAUGAUGACUGACGAUUUCUCCUCUUUUCAUUCGUCGGAGAACCUGCUGAACGGACAACAGUCAAAUGUUUCUAAUCCUGUCCAAUAUGCAGAUUCUUCUUUGGUACCCCCGCAUGAACAGUACUACUAUCAAAUUCCUGACAACAUUCCUCAUUCUGCUCCGCAAUUCGAAAACCAGAAUCAACAGCAGAUUCCCGAGGCUCAAGAUGAUGAUGUCGUGCUCGAGCUUAAUGAACUUACUUGUCCAAUUACUGAAGCAAGAAAUGUCUUCAUCAAGAAAGAUAUUUGGGGCCAAAAGAACCAGAAAGAAAAAGAUCAGGCUGCCAAGGUGCUGAUUGACGCGAAUCGAGUGGAGGAAGUCAAAGCGAGGGAAAAUGUGAAUAGAGGACUAGACCGACAGUUUCAAUGCAUUUUGUGCCCUGCCCUCGGCCAGAAAGGCAGAGGAUUCAACAACAACGAAGACCUCUACCGUCACCAUUGCCAACACUUGAACUACAAACCUAUCACCUGUGAUACAUGCGGAGAGGGCUUCUACCGACGAGAUCAUUUAAACCGACACAUGCAGAAUCAGCACAGCGUCAGCGUUAAGAAACGAGUCCGUGCUCCGAACGGAUCCACGCCAAAUAUUCCUCAACGACCCCUCAGACGACUCAACACAAUACUCAAACUAGGCCUUCAGCAACUUCAAAUACCGACCAUUAAACGCUUUGCUGAUCUCAAUAAAGAGGAAAAAGUGAAAGUUCGCUUUAUCGAUUCUGGAAUUACAAAAACGACUUCGACGAAGCGAUUGAAGGAGCCCUUGGAUCCGAAGUUAUUGGACGGAUCUUCUUGCUUCGAGUGGAUUUCUUGUAAGAAUAACGCAGACUUCGAAAGAGCUGAGAUCGGUGAUUUGGUUCGCAUAGGAAAUCAAGGUGUUAUUUACGAAAGCGGAAUGGCACCUAGAGAAAUGGCGAGGAACGUCGAAUAUCUUUCCAAGGUGAAAUAUCCACCUCUUGAAGCGGGGAAAACAUACGAAGGAACAAUCCUCUGGAACGAGAAAGACUUCCGGAGACAUAUCGAUAAAAAUGAUAACGCUCCUCAUCCUCUCUGUCGAAUGAGAUUCAAAUUCAAGACCCCAAAAGGAGAUUCUGUGCAGUUUGUGAACGUGUUGCAGGAUGAAAACAGCCAUUUCCCUGAUCCGGCUCUCCCGACUUCAGAUGAACAUUACGGAAUGUUCCCAGAUGAUAACUAUUCGAACAUAAUUCUCGACAAGAUGGCGAAUGAAAUGAAGAAAAAGACAUUCAAAAUCGAGAUCAUACAGCGAGAGCAUCUUUACGGCUGUGAUAAGCACACUCGCCACUGGCGGGGAUAUUCAAAAGAGUUGCUGGCGCUGCUGGAAAAAUACCUACGAAAAAUUGCCAAGGAUACCGAUCCGGAUUCAGAUUGGUUCUUUCCUGCAAAUUAUGUUUAUGAGAACGUUCCGGAGAAGCCGAAGAAGAAGAAGAGAUACAGCAAAGAGGUCCAGGAGAAAAUCGACGAAGUUGAGCGAUUUUACGUCAUUGCCACUAAGUCCAUUCGAUUGAAGAUCCUCAAGAAAGACCCUCCGAGUCCUGUUAUCAAUCCUGCAUUAGAAAAUCCGAUCGUUGGUUCUGGAUCACUUUUCGUCCUUGCUGAUCAAGCCCGACAGUACAUGGAUAACCUUCUGAAGGAACUGUACAAUAUGAAACAUAGAGACAAGGACACGGAGAAGAUGGUCUCGUCGAUGAAAGGAUAUGAUGUCGGUCGAUAUUCCCCGACUACAAAUAAACUUGAAGAUGAUGUUUUCAUCCGAAAACGCAAAGUUGAUGGUGUCGCUAAAUACUACAGGAACAGGCUUAAAAUUGUGGACUGA